CCCCCUUCCCUGCGCACUGGAAGUGAUUGCCCGGUCCCCAGCCGUCGCGUGUAGUACGUCAGGCGAGCGAGCGAAGGUGGCAGAGCGGUGUGUUAGGCGUGCACUCCGGCGUGCUCAGGACGGGAAGCGAAAAGCCUAAAGAUUAGAUUGUAAGAAAUCAAAGUUGAAGCCAUGUUUCGGAGACCUGUAUUACAGGUAAUUCGUCAGUUUGUAAGACAUGAGUCUGAAGUAGCUACUAGUUUGGUUCUCGAAAGAUCUCUGAAUCGUGUGCAGUUACUUGGGCGAGUGGGUCAGGACCCUGUCAUGAGACAGGUGGAUGGAAAAAAUCCAGUCACAAUAUUUUCCUUAGCAACAAAUGAGAUGUGGCGAUCAGGGGACAGUGAAGCUUACCAAAUAGGCGACGUCAGUCAGAAGACAACAUGGCACAGAAUAUCCGUGUUUCGGCCAGGCCUCAGGGAUGUGGCUUACCAGUAUGUGAAAAAGGGGUCCCGAAUUUAUGUGGAAGGGAAAGUAGACUAUGGUGAAUACAUGGAUAAAAAUAAUGUGCGAAGACAAGCAACAACGAUCAUAGCUGACAACAUUAUAUUUCUGAGUGACCAGACAAAAGAAAAGGAGUAGAAUGGAUGAUUCUUCUUUGGCCUUUGUUUGGAUUUGAAUUGCGUUCUGUGAAGACUGGUGAGAACAACAGCAGGAAAAUCCUAGAAAAUGAGCAGUAAUUGCUAAGGUUAGUGAGUUUUAGGGUAAUCUCUGAAAAGGCAACAACAUCCAUAGCAAUGGCUCACAUUAUGUCCUUCCCCCGGGUCAAGCCCUAAGCUAAGAAAUUUUUACCAUUGUCUCAUACUAAGAAGAAAGCGCUCGUGUCCACAUUUUACAGGUGAAAUUCGAAAGCUGAGAGAUGCUAGGUAACUUCUCAAGGUCAUGGUUUGUACGCUGCAUGCCUUGGAAGUGAGGUACGUGAACUGUGCAUUUAGUUUUUUGCCCACUGCCUGCACACAUUUUGUACUGGACUUGAAGAGUGCCCACACAAUGUGAUUCAUAAUAUACUAGGAGUAAAUAUUGGGUGGAGAUUUAUGAAUAGGGAAAAUACCGCAACCUCUUAUUCUUUCUGGUUGGUGAUCUUGCAAGAAAAUGAUCUACUACUCUUGCUUUCACUUUAUUUUUUUUUAAAUUUUUAUUAGCAUUUUCCAUGAUUCACUUUAAUUUUUUAAAAAACUUUAUUUA